UAAUUUGUUUCGCCGAGGUUAUACCACAAGCUGGUUCUUCAGAACUUUAACGUUACAUCAUUGGCAGGAGUUAUCGUUACUUCUCUUCUCCAGCAUGGAUAACAGUUUUUCUGAGGUGAAUCAAAAACUUCUGGGGAAAAAAGACGAAAAGAUGGUUCAUACGUUCGCACCCUCGCCACUAGACUCGCCAAACGGGGUUGUUCUGAAAAGUCUCACCGAGAUAGAUCCGGAAAACGCAAAGCGUGAAGAGGGUGUGGAGGCGGAGGUCGCGGGCCCCCCGUCUAAAGGCUGCUACGUGGCGUGCGUGGAGGGCGUGGAGCGGUGCGUGGGUCGGCUCUACAAGACAACACGGGGUUACCUCCACGCUGGGGUCAGGGCCACUGUCAUCUUGGCGUAUUACGCCUAUUUUUCCUACUGCAUGUACUACAGGUUCGGUGAUGAGGGGUCAAUACUGCUGCUGAUUGGUACGUCGCUGUUUACCAUCUGGGCAGUGAGGAAGUGUCUGGCAUCCAAAUGUCACGUGAUGACCAUCCCGAAAUGUAUAAGAGCGUGCGAGGUGCCUCGAAGGGCAAAGCGUGCCUUACGUUGGGCCUUGUAUCUGAUAGCCCUGUCUGGGCUUGUGAUCUACAUCGCUCUACGUAUCCUGCCCAGCCACCCACAGAACUGCCAGUCUCUACUGGGGAUCGUCGUCAUCAUCGUCGUUUGUUUCGUCAUCUCCACCAAAGCCAGUCGUGUGAACUGGCACCCGGUGUUCUGGGGAUUUAUCAUCCAGUAUGUGUUCGCCAUGUUGACGUUGAGGACAAAGGUGGGCUACACCAUCUUCAUGCGACUUGGUGAACUGGUAACCUCCCUUGUCAGCUUCUCUGAUUACGGCGCCGCCUUCGUCUUGGGCCGCAACUUCCGGGAAAUGGGUCUGGCAUUCAAUGCAGGAGUUGUCAUCAUCUUCUUCAACGCAAUCAUCUUUCUGCUGAUUCACUGGGGCGUUCUAGAAAAUGUAGUGGUCAAGCUGGGUAGGACACUGUCCUACUGUUUGGACACAGGUCCUGUGGAAUCUGUCGUGGCCGUGGCCAAUAUUUUCAUUGGACUGGCUGAGGCCCCUCUCCUGGUGAGGAACUACCUGCCUACACUGAGCAAGUCUGAGAUUUGUGCCAUCAUGACCUGUGGGUUUGCCAGUGUCUCCGGUGGUGCUAUGGGCAUGUUUAUCAGUGCUGGGGCCCCGGCUAACCACCUGCUUACCGCAGCCGUAAUCUCAGCUCCUGCAGCUCUGGCUAUAUCGAAGCUGGUGUGUCCGGAGACGGAGCCGGUUAACUUUGAGUCCCAGAAUGAUGUCCGUAUGACAGACAAAUCCAGCUCAAACCGGAACUCCUUGUCCGUGUGCUCAGAGGGGGCUGUGGCGGGGUUAAAGGUCGUGGGUGCCGUGAUGGCCAACAUGAUGGUGUUCGUGUCCAUCCUCAAGUUUAUCGACGCCAUCCUCGGAUGGUUCGCUCUUAGAGCUGGGAUACGUGGGGUGACGUUUGCCACGAUCUGCGCUUACAUCCUCUACCCCCUCUCCUACAUCAUGGGGGCGGAGCCUGAAGACUGCGGCACUAUCGGGACUUUAAUUGGCAUUAAGCUCUUUGCCACGCCCAUGGUGGGUUACGCUGAGCUAGGAAAGCUCAUCAAAAACAGGCACAAGUUUGAGGACUACAUGUCUCUCGGUAACAGAACUUGGCACUGGUCAGGGACUGACGUCAUACUGGAUAAUCUCAACACGACUUUAAUCGGAGGGUUUAUGUCAGAGCGUUCCGAGGUCAUCGCGACCUACUCAAUGUGCGGCUUCUCUGCCUUCACUGCCAUCGGCAUUUGUAUCGGUACGAUGGUGGCCAUGUGUCCUGCCAGGAAGGACGACAUCAUCGAAAUGGUGCUGCUGGCAUUCUUCGCUGGGAACGUCGCUAGCUUCGCCACGGGUGCUGUCGCAGGCCUGCUGUUUGAGACUUCACUACAAAAGUAAAAACUUCACAAUAAAAGACAGAAAACAUUCUCUCACCCCCACAUCUUUGAAAGCAC